GAGACUGACGUACUGAUUGGCUCUCUCUCUCGUUGUGGUUUUUGUUUUGCGUUCAUUUGUGACUUGUGUGGUAGUGAAAAAUUAUAAUUUCAUUUAUAGUUUUAUUUAUUUUUCCAUUUUAGAUAGGCGGUGGGAUUCAAUUUAACAUUUAUUAUGCACUUAAUUUCUUGAAAAGUUUUUAUCCCACCGCCUAUAUUUUUCACUUAUACUCAGAGUGCAUUAUUGAUGAUAAGUAUUUAAUCGACUCGCUCAGUAUUCUGUUGAAAAAUGGGACCACUAAAACAGGUUGUUCGAACGGCUGUUACCACUGGCAAGAAGCCCGGUGUUUUCGGCAUGGCCAGCAAGCCUCAUCAAGCACAUGCUCACACCUAUGCUAACGGAAUGGCAUUUGAACUGAAUGAAACACAAGCAGAAUUCCAAGAGUUGGCCAGGAAGUUCACGGCUGAAGAAAUCAUUCCGGUGGCUGCACACCAUGACAAGACUGGCGAAUUCCCAUGGGACAUAAUCAAGAAAGCACAUGGACUUGGUCUCAUGAACGGUCACAUCCCAGCUUCAUGUGGUGGUCUUGGAAUGGGUGUGUUCGAUGGUUGUCUGGUAGCCGAACAGCUGGCCUACGGAUGCACAGGCAUCAUGACAGCGCUUGAAGCAAGUGGUCUUGGUCAAACUCCAGUUCUGGUUGCCGGAAACGAAGAACAGAAAAAGAAGUACCUGGGAAGACUCGUGGAAGAACCAUUACUUGCCGCGUACUGCGUGACAGAGCCGGGCGCCGGGUCGGACGUGAACGGAGUGAAGACACGCGCUGAGAAGAAGGGGGACGAGUACAUCGUGAACGGCCAGAAGAUGUGGAUCACGAACGGCGGAGUGGCCAACUGGUACUUCCUGCUGGCGCGCACCAACCCCGACCCCAAGUGCCCUGCCAGCAAGGCGUUCACCGGAUUCAUUGUCGAGCGUGACUCGCCCGGUUUGCAGCCUGGUCGCAAGGAAUUGAACAUGGGCCAGCGGGCGUCGGACACACGUGGCAUCACAUUUGAGGACGUGCGUAUUCCGAAGGAGAACGUGUUGGUAGGCGAGGGUGCCGGCUUCAAGAUCGCCAUGGAGACAUUCGACAAGACGCGGCCGCCCGUCGCUGCUGGCGCCGUCGGUCUGGCUCAGCGUGCCCUCGACGAGGCCUCCAAGUAUGCGCUCGAGCGAAAGGCGUUCGGCGUGCCCAUUGCCAUGCACCAGGCAGUAGCAUUCAUGCUAGCGGACAUGGCGAUCGGCGUGGAGACGUCUCGACUGGCGUGGCAGCGCUCAGCGUGGGAGGUGGACCAGGGCCGACGCAACACCUACUUCGCAUCCAUCGCCAAGGCGCUUGCAGCCGACGUCGCCAACAAGUGCGCCACCGACGCCGUUCAGAUUUUUGGUGGUAACGGUUUCAACAGCGAUUACCCAGUUGAGAAGUUGAUGCGUGACGCCAAGAUCUACCAGAUUUACGAGGGCACUGCUCAGAUCCAGCGCAUGAUCGUCUCCCGCGAAAUCAUCGAGAAGGCUAAGCGAGGUUAAGCUUCAACAACAAAACUAAUUAUAUUUUUUAUAGGUUAAUUGAGAUUUAGAAAUAUUUUUAUUAAAUGAAGAAGUUUGAGAGGUUGAAAUAGAAUUUGCGGUCAGGUCACCAAAACAGUUAUAACAAAAACAAUUUCCUACGAUUCGCGAACUUUUCAUUUAGGCUCACUCUCAUGCUCAAUUUACAAUAUAAUCUUCGACACAUACAACAUGGUCAGACACCAAGAAAUACUCUACUUUAGCUGGUGAAUGGUACUAAGGCCAUUCACGAAAUGAACUACGAUCUCUCUUCAUACUGUAAUUGGUACUGCACUUGUUAAUUACUUUCAAUCUCCUAUAAUUCGAUUAUUACUGUAUCUUUGAUGGACUUUAACCAUUGAAUCUGUAUUACCUUGUCUCCUUAAGACACAGUUCAGCUGUAUUCAUGUUUCAUAUUCCUGUUACUCCUAUUUUUAAUUUUAUGUUUCUUUUUCCUAAAUGAAUACCCUCCUUAUAGAGGAACAAACUUGAAUUGUAUAUUAAAUGGAAAUUAUCAACCCCUCUUCUUACUUUUGAAUAUUUUCUCUCUGGUAACGUUUAUUAUUACUUAUUAUUUAAGACUUUUCAAAACAAUUUUACUGAUUUUUACGUGAUCUUCCUAUCUAACUUUUUUGCGUGCAAUGGGCAAUCUAAAUUGUAUCUGUCUAUGUAUAAAUUCUACCUGAAUCACAGAUAAUUUCUAAAAUUGCAAUUCAGGUCUAAUUGCAAUCUGAAUUAUGUGAAACUGAAAUCCUGCUGCUAACCGCAUAACUCUCAUCCAUUCUUUUAUUUGCUCACAUAUUGUUCCUGAAGUCAUUAUUAACUUAAUAUUACAUCAAAUCAUCCAAAUACUCACAUCUCUUUGCUCAUAUCAAAGUAUCAUUAAUCGUAAAAUCAUUCCAAACUAUCAUAAUGUAUAAAUUCAUUGUUUGCAUUUGCAUUUCAUAAAAUUGUCAUAAUAUUUUUACAAAGAUUGGCACAAGGUGUCUAUAUGUAAGAUUGCUCCAUUCCUCCCUUAUUUCUAAGGCCAUAUUUCUACUCACCAACGUAGCAUAGCCAGAAAUACGUAUUUUGAAAGACGUAGCUGAUGUAUCUUCUAAAGUUAAUCCCUCUGUCCAUUUCAAAACCGGCGUAGCUUAGAUUGAUAUCAGGGAGAUACGACAGCUACGUUUUUCAAAUGCGCAUUUCAAGCUACGCUACGUUGUUGUGUGGGAUGGCUAUUAGAAACACUAUUUUUUGUGAUGAAAUGAGCAACAUGUUGCAUUGUAAAAUAAAAAUUUUAUAUUGCAAUUCAAUAUAUAGUUGAACAUGUCAUACUCUGAAAUAGUGCGUCAAUAAGGGAGAAGGAGGAAUUUGGAGAGAAAGAAGGCAACGAGAGAAGAAAGAAAAAAAAUAUAAAAAAAAUUGGUGAGUGAGAUUUCGCUUUCCAGCUUGCAUACAGUUGAUAAUGCGGCCAUAGUCAAUCAUUUCGCUCAGUCCAGGUCUUGGCAUUGAACACGUAGAUUCAUUGCGAAAUUGAAAUUGGGUCUGAUGCUGAAUGUGGAGAUGUGAUAAUCGAUCGCAUUGUCAGUUGCAGGUUAAAUACAGUUGUUCAAGAAUUCAACGAUAUCAAUUAUGUAUCAAAAAGAAUAACAAUUCUCUUGAUUUCAAAUGAUAUCUUGUUUUUGAUCUAGUUUUAAGAUUUUCGCAUAUCAGAACGUACACAUACAGUCAGAUCACACAUCAGGAGAAAAAAGACCCGGACAACUCGCUUCUGUCUAGUCCUUUGGCUUCUUAGGCUAUAAC